UAUUUUUAUCACAAAAUUGUAUAACCAUGCAUCCUUCAUUGAUCGCUCCAUACCUUUCUCGCAACAUCAGAUUCUCUGCGUCAUGUUUCAACGGCUUAUGGGUCACCUCGUCACUCGCACUCGCACUCUCAAUCAGCUCGCCCGAGUCACGCCCUUCAUUCAUCGCCAUAAAUCUCUCCUCGUAGCACCAAUUUCUUGUUCCCAAACCCUAUCUUCCCUCCAAUUCUCCACCGACACCUCCGCCUUCACCCACCACCCGGUCAGGCUCCCGGACGAUCUAUCUAAAGACCUGAUUGUCCUCUCGUGCGAGUCUUCAGCUGAAGGCGGCGUCUGCCACGUUUACUUGGUCGGAGUCUCUCAUGGCACCAAGGAAUCAUACAGACGAGUUCAGGCUACAGUGAAAUUUCUGAAACCGGAGGCCCUCUUCCUAGAGUUGUGCCAGAGUCGUGCUUCAACUCUUACCUGUAAAAAUUUCAAGAGACACGUACCCACUGUGAAAGAAAUGGUUACACAAUUGAGGAAAAAAGAGAACAUUUUUUCAGUACUUUUGGGUUGGUUCCAAGCCAAGAUUGCUGAUGAUCUUCAUGAAAAUGAGUUUCGUGUGGCAUAUGAAGAAGCCAUCAAAUAUGGAGGCAAAGUGAUACUUGGUGAUCGCCCUGAUAAUAUUACAUUAAGGAGAUUUUGGAGUAAGACCCCACUUUGGCAUAAAACAAAAUUGUUACUCCUUUUACUUCUCGGGGCAGUUAUUAUACCCGGCUCUGAUUAUCUUAACAAUGAGCCGAAGUUAAGGGAUGACAGUGUCAUGAGUAAGUGGUUUCCGACUUUCGUGGAGAUUAUUGGGCAUGAACGAGAUCAGUAAGUUGCAUUGCAUUAAUAUCAAUUUACUGAUUCAUUUAUUGCUUCUAUUACCUGUAACCUGCUUCCCGUACUCUUUAGAGAAUUCUUUAGUUAACACUUGUCACCCUGUUAUGUUACCCCUUAGCACAGGGGUUCUUGUUGGAGGGUGUCUUGGUUCUGUUAUUGACAUGCAUAUUCU